AUGAUCAAGGAGAAGGAGAAAGGCGGAGGUGCCCGCCUUAAAGAUGAACCAAAUGAUCCAACAGAACCAGGUCAUGGGUCACGGCCACCAUCGGCAUCUUUGCCAACGCCAGCAGCUCUGAAGAAAGAACCAGAUGAGGCCCCACACCGAGUGAAAUUGGAGCCCCACAGUCAAGGGAGCGCUGAAGACGGCACUGCUGAUCUUGGUGUUGACGGAAUCAAGACGGAAAUUGAUGGUCUCAUGGAUAGUGAUGGUGAUCCGACUAAGUCGCCGCAGUGUGAUCUUGGAGGCCCCGGGUCCAUGAAAUCGGAGAGGCUAUCGUCAGAUUCUAAUGACAUUAUAGAUCCUCAGACAGGCCUCAGAAGUAACCCUGGAAACAUACAGGAUGGUAAUCAAAAUUGUCGAAAUCCAAACGGUCCAGAGAACAUGGGGUCCUGUCGCAUGGGAGGGUCUGGACCCAUGGGGCCCGGCGUAUCCAUGGGGCCCAUGUCCAGUGAAGCCCAAACCUUGCCAUCUAAUGUUAUUAGUAAACAGUCUGGGAGUAUGGAGCAAAGUCAAAUUUUCGUGUUCUCUACGCUCCUAGCCAACAAGGCAGCGGAAGCGGUGAUAUCUGGACAAAAUCAAUCGAUCAUCGCAUAUCAUUGCGCGCAGCCGAAUACUAAAAAGUACCUGGAGAAACAUCCACUUAAAAUUGGCCAAUUUAAUAAACAAAACCCAGCACAAUGGCUGAAUAAUCUGGCCAUGGCUAAAAGAGGUGGUAUGCGAGGCGGUCCGAACAUGAUGGGUGGGCCAAAUCAAAUGAGCCACAUGAUGGGUGGCCCUAUGGGACCAAACAUGGGUCCGAUGGGUCACGGCGGUAUGGGGCAUAUGGGCCCCAAUAUGAUGGGGCCUAACAGGAUGGGUGGACCGAAUCAAAUGAUGAUGAUGAAGGGGGGUCCCGGGCAAAUGGGUCAAAUGGGCCCGGGAAUGGGUCCUAUGGAUGGGUUUCCCGGGGGCACCCCGUCCUGCGGUGUCAUGGACGGCCUCGGUGCUGAUGGUGAAAUGCCCUGGGACACCAAAAACCCCUCCGUAAUGUCAAACGGCAUGGCUAACGGGCCGUCGCAGAUGCCUCCGUGCUCGGAAGCUGGCUCCGCUGACAAUAAUAGUGGCGACAACAAUAUAUCCUGUCAACCGGGCCCUAAAGUUUCCUCCGUAGGUGUAAAGAUACCUGACGAGAACCUGACGCCACAGCAACGCGCCCAUCGGGAGGAACAAUUGGCCACUAUACGAAAAAUGCAACAGAUUCUAUUCCCCGAGAGUGGGGCCAACCCCAACCAAUCCGGGGAUGGCUCACAGCAAAAUCCAGAGAUCCCGCCUAAUUCGUCUGCAAAUAUGAACAUGUCUUUCCCACCCAUGUCCCAACAUGGCCCAAUGGUGUCAGGACCAAAUGGACCCAUGGUUUCUAUGCCCAGCGGCAUGAAUUCGGGUCCAAGCUGCACUAUGUCAGGUCCCAUGGGUCCUAAUGGACCUAUGGGCGGGCCGAUGGGGCCAGGACCCAUGGGUCCUAACGGUCCUAUGGGUGGCCCAAUGGGGGGUAUGGGGUCUGGGAUGGGGAUGGGUGGGCAUGGUUCAAUGGGGCCUAAUGGCAUGAUGGGACCGAACGGACCUAUGAUGUCAGGAAUGGGGCCUAAUGGGCCGAUGGGUCCUAUGGGGCCUUGUGGCAUGAAAGGCAUUAGAGGAGCUUGUGGAGGGCCAGAUAUGAAGUCCGCUAUGUGUACAGAUAUGCAUAUGGGAAGGGGUUGUGGAGGGCCAAUGGGGCGGAUGCCGAACCCAAUGGGUGGAAUGGGCGGCCCAAAACCAUGCAUGAUGGGUGGACCCCACAUGGGGCCACGAAUGAUGCCUGGUCCAAAUUUAUCAGCUAUGAACGGUGGUAUGAUGAUGGAGGGCGGUAUGAUGGGUGGUAUGGUACCUCACGGAGAUUGUGGUCCGGACCAUCACGGAAUGUGUGACGACUACGGACGGGGGCGAAAUAUGGGGGGCGAUGGUGGUGGACCUCACAAGGCAUUAAGGAGUCCUAAGAGCCCCGGUCACGCACACGCAGAUAUAGACUGGCAAAAGUUACAUCAUCAAUUCUUUGAUGAUAACAAGAAUAUGGACAAUGAACUCAGUCAGUACACAAGUACACAAGUAAAGUCUCCGUGCUCAGAACGUGGUGGAUGUCUUCCCCCUCCUCCUUACGGAGCGUCACCCUUACAUAGAUCUGCAUCAGUACCUAUCGCAACCCAGUCACCAUCACAAGGCACGCCCACUUCGGAAGCGCCGAGAGCGGGUUCAGCACUCAGUAGCCCCGCGCAUUGCAAACCACAACACAAACACGAUCCUCCCGAGAUAUUGGAGAAAUUGGACGACGGUGUGUUUGUCCGAACGCUGCAAUGUUUGGCGGCGCAACGGCAGAAGAACCAACAAAACAAGGAGCCAAGUUUGAUGCCCGUCCCCUCCCCGCAACAAAUAUCUUACCUCAACCAGUUCGAAGGGCAAGAGUUGACGAUACAGAAACAGCCGAAUACGUCGUUAAAAGACAACGGGCCGCCCUCGAACAGCGGAGGACAAACGCCACAGUCGAAUUCGAAUCAAAAAUCACCAGCGGGCAUGAUGCCUGGAACUCCUGAGCCACACUCAUCGCUGUCGGAACAGCGGGCGGGCAGGUUUUCACUGGAACAGAGCCCCAGCUUUAAUAACCCCCAAACACCAAAUGCAGGCAAUAAGUGUUCAGAUGAAAAAUCAAGACCAAGUCCGUCGUCGAAUAGGUCGAAUCAAGAAAGUGCCUCUAAAACCCCGCAACGCGACUCGUCUGGAAUGAACCAGGGACCUUACGCCGUUUCUUGUGCGAAAAGCAGUUGCGCCGUCACCACUAUGUCACAAGCACUUCCUGACGAUUCUAUGUCAUCAAAUACAGAAACAACGUUAUCUGGUGGUCCGAACAGCACGAGUCUACCGGGUCCUUUCCCAGGACCAUGUAGUAUGAAUAGGCCGGAUAACAUUCCUAUCAACCCCAAUCAGGGUCCAAAUGGACCCAUGGGCCCGGCCACCUCUUCGUUCGAUCCGAUUUCCUCAUUAGCGCAGAUGUCACAGCAAUUAACGAAUACGGUUGGCGGUGGCCCGGGGUCAUCUGGACCAAUGGGUCCUAACGGUUCUGGAAUGGGGCCCUUUGGGUCAGGGCCUCAUCACAUGCAACAUCACCAUUCUAUGCAUCCGCACGGACAUCCGCAUAUGAUGAUGAAUGAUUUAGGUUGCCAUAUGGAGGGUAUGGGUGGGCCCGGCUUAGGAGGACCUAUGGAAGGUAUGAUGGGAGCUGGUGACUUUCCGCCAGAUAUGAACUUAAGUCCAAAAAUGGGAGGAGGCCCUAUGGGUGGUCCAAUGGGACCUAUGGGGCCUGACGCCUCAAUGUUGGGCCCACGGAUGGGAGGCGCUGGUAAAAUGCCACCCUUUAAUGGGGCUAACGUUCAAGUAAAAGCUAGUGCGCCAAACACGAUACAGUAUUUACCCACAAGGCCACAAAUGCCCUGCAACACAGGACCCCGAGGACCUCCCAGUUUGGAUUUCUUACAACGAGUUACAAAUCCAAUGCAAAUGGACAGCAGUAAAGGCGUGCAAUAUUUCCCGGGAGCGAGAGGCAUGGACAUGGAAGGGGGAAUGCGAGGGGUGAUGCGAGCCCCAGGAAUGCUAAGAAUGCCACAUUAUCCAGCCGGUUUUAACUCACCUCCAAAAAUGGCCGGCGAUCCUUUCGGUGGACCUGGGCCUAAUCCCAUGUGCGGUCCCAAUUUCAGAGGUGUUAAAGGUGGUAUGGGUCCCGGCAAUGUGAGAAUGGGUGCUGCACAACCUCUACCUCCGUCUAUGGGCGGACCGAACCCUGGCUUUAAAGGACAAGGCUUCGCAGUACCCUCGACAGCAGAUCCUAACUACGCGGCGCAGUUUCACAAUUUCCAACAGCAGCUGUACGCGACGGGGAGUAGGGCCGCUCAGCCGCACCAGGGAUACCCCCCCUACCAGCCGUCCAAGUGA